AUGGCUACCCCUAGUGUCCUUACCUUUGAUGCUGAGGGUCGUGCUGUUGACUUCGAGGUCUGGGUCGAUGACCUGCAGCUUUUCCUACAGUGCGAUAGGGUAGACGGACUCUCCCUAUUCGAUCUCACCUCUAAUGCUUACAGCACUGUUCGCUCACAGUGGGCCACGCGCGAUGCUGCUGCCCAUCUUGCUGUGCGUCGCCACUUACCGACCGCAGAGCGUGCGCACUUUAGUCAGUACAAGAGUGCUAAGACCUUGUACGACGCUGUAGUUGCACACUACUCUUCCCCUGCCACUGCUGCUCUUAGCCGCCUCAUACUGCCGUACCUGUUUCCUGACCUCGCCGCCUUUCCCACUAUCGCUGACCUCGUUAUGCACCUCCGCACUAGUGACACUCGCUACCGCGUUGCGCUUCCUGCUGAGUUCUGCGCCAAGACCCCCCCCCCCCAUGAGCGCCUCCUGGCAACUGAGAAGAGUAUAGUCGCUGUAGGAGCCUCUAGAGGUGACCCGCAUGCCCCUGUCUUUGAGGGGUGCUCCCCCUCCCCCCUUUUGCCCUGUGUUGCCUCUGCUGCUGCCGUCGACUUCGUUGGCAACGAGUCGGUCGGCGCUGCGUCUGCCCCUAGCGGGCGACGCCGCACCGGCGAGGGAAAGGGGGGCAAGGGCGCUGGAGGGGCUGGCGGGGGCGGUGGAGGUGGAGGUGGAGGAGGCGGAGGGAGUAGGGGUGGUGGUGGGAGUGGUGGCGGGGGUGGGGGCUUCGGUGGCGGCGGUGGCGGCGGAGGCGGCGGCGGCGGUGGCGAUGGGAGCGGAGGAGGAGGCGGUGACGGCGGUGGCGGAGGUGGCGGCGGAGGAGGUGGAGCUAGUUGGGGUGGCUCUGCGCAGCGGGGUGGCUUAGGUGGUGGUCAGCGCCAGCAGCAGCAGCGCACUCGUGAGACCCCGUCCCCCCAGCAGCUUCGUGAGUGGUACGCUGGGCAUCAGCGAGGUGGGGAUACUGGUCCCUGUACCUACGUCCUCCGUACUGGCGACUGCGGUGGUGAGCAGUGCGGGGGCUCGCACUCCACCCAGCGCUGCUUCGGCCGCCUGACGGACGCUUGGCGUCACCAGUUCCCUGACGCCACUGAGAUCCUUCGCUGGGGAGAAUUGUCUAGGGCGGGGGUUUAUAUCUUUGAUCUUGACUAUGAUGCUAUUCUUGCUGCCAUGUAUGCUGUGUCUACUAGUGAUGACGGUAACUGUUACCUGUGUGUUCCGCCUGACCCGGGCAUUGAGGCUACUGCUCUAGGUUCUGGUGAGGCUGCUGCUCUAGGUGCUAGUGCGUCUGCUGCCCCAGGUGCUGGUGAGUCUGCUAUCUCAGGUACCACGUCGGCUCAGGCCUUACACACCUUCACCCUUGACUCGGGUGCGUCCCGCUCCUUCUUUCGAGACCGCACCACGCUUACGCCGCUUAGUCAGUCAGUUGCGGUCUCCCUGGCGGACCCCUCUGGGAGUCCUGUCCUUGCUAGCUUCUCCACUUUUUUACCGUGUCCGGCAGCCCCCUUUGGCACCAUGUCAGGUCUCUACCUCCCCUCGUUCUCUACGAACUUGGUGAGUGGUGCUGAUCUACAGGAUCGGGGGGUUGACCAGUUCACUCCCGCAAGUCAGCGGGUGACCCACUGUACGUGUGCUCAGACGGGCCGACACUUGGCCACGUUUACCCGUCGGCCGGGGUCGAGCCUGUACACACUGGCUACUCAGUCUCCUCCGGAUGCUGCGUCUGGUCAGGUAGCUGCGUCGAGUCAGGUGUCUGCUGCAGCGUCCAGGUCUGGUCCAUAG